AGGACGGUCUUUUGUCCCUCUCUGAGAUUAUGGACCAAGCAGAGGUUAUAAGUCUCAGCACUAUCACCGACUAUGGAGGCAUGACGCUAGCGGAACAUGACGAACUCUGACCUCCAGCGUCAGGGGUUACUGCCUGCUAAUGUUGUAUUUUAAGAGGAAAUGGGUUGAAAAGCCAAAUGGCAACUUACGAAAUUAACACUUGAUAUUUUUUAAUUUAUUCAAUUUUUGGUAUGCAUUAAAUUUCCGAAUUAAUAACAGAAGCAAAUUGCAAUAGAUUUAACGUGGGCCUUUAUUUGUACAACGUGAAAAAAAUAAAAAAGUACAAGUAA